AUGGCAGCAUACAUGAGAAGCGUGAUAUGUCUUGUUUCCAUCGAGCGAAAUGCUUUUCUAACAAGAGGGAGUAGUGCUAUUGAGGAAUCAAAGCGAUAUGUCCGCGGACUGAGGAGGACCGCUGUCCGAGUGCUGAACGGCCCAGCCUCAGAUGGAGCCUCUCCGGUAGCUGGUGGCCGGAGUCGGGAGCCCGCGGCCGGACGGCAGGUCGAGAGGGCGCUGCCUGGAGACAAACGGCUGGCGAGGUUAGUGAGUGUUGCUCGUUCCAGGACAUCUCGGGAGCACCAGGGUAAAAUCCUCCUGGAGGGCAGGCGUUUAAUCUGCGACGCCCUGGAUGCUGGAGCCAACCCACAGAUGGUGUUCUUCAGUACCCUGGAUCGGCUCCGAGAGCUGCCAUUAGACAAGCUGAAGAGGGCCACGCUAGUCAAAGUCAAGUUUGAGGACAUCAAGAUCUGGUCUGACCUCGUGGCCCCACAAGGGGUGAUCGCCAUAUUUUCCCGCCCGGACCCAUCAAGGUUAAACUUCGCUGUCAGAAGUCAUUCAGUGCCGUUGUCCCUGAUAUGCGACAACAUCCGGGACCCUGGCAACCUUGGGACUAUGUUGCGAUGUGCUGCUGCUGCCGGCUGCCACAGUGUCCUGCUCACCAAGGGUUGUGUUGACGCUUGGGAGCCUAAAGUUCUGCGUGCAGCAAUGGGUGCCCAUUUCCGCCUUCCCAUCUAUUCCAGCUUGGGCUGGGAUGAUGUGGAGAAACAUCUCCCUAAACCUGUGACCGUCCAUGUGGCUGACAGCAGCUGUGCCGCUGACGCAAGUAAAGAAAAAGAGGAUUCCCAAGUUAACGCGUCUCACAAAUCUUCCAAAGCAGGAGACUAUGGCUGGGUCAGCACAAGGCCGAAUCAAAACAACAUGCGCUACGAGGAAUACGAUUCUGAUUCAGACUCAGAUUGUGAAGAUGGGGGACUUUCACUUCCUAGAUUGGACUCAAAGCUGUACCAUGAGAGCUGGGCUCAGAGUCCCACUGCUCUUGUAAUAGGUGGAGAGACACAUGGUCUGAGUGUAGAAGCAGUCCAGUUGGCUGAGAAAACCGCCGGACACAGGCUCUUCAUUCCUGUCGCUCCUGAUGUGGACAGCUUGAACUCAGCCAUGGCCACCAGUAUCCUUUUGUUUGAGGGCAGGAAGCAACUGUGGAAACUAACUCAGACACCUGAAAGGAAAUGGAAAUCUAAAGCUGAGCAGCAAUUUUCAUGACGUUGGCUCUAAAUAUCAGUAUGUGACUUCUGGUGUACAUUUGUCCUUGUUACUACAGACUGAACUAAAUUAUUCAAAUUUCCAUUCUACAUCCUGUCCUGCUAAAAAUAGAAUACUGAGGAUUUGUGAAAUGUUUGUCUGAAUUAAUGUCAAGUAAAUGUAUACCUUGCAUGCCUUUUUCAUGCUUAGUUUUUUUUUAGGGCUGUUUAGAGGAAUUAUUUCCAUGACCAAUUAAUCUGAACAUUUUCUCAAUUGUUUUCUGUAAAAUGUAAGAAAUCUUGUGACUCGGUCAUUAGAAUUUCUCAGAGCCCAAGGUAGUGUCUUCAAAUUCCUUAUUUUAUCCAAUCAUCAGCCCAAAGCCAAAAGCUUUUCAGUAUACUGCCAUAGGCAACAAAGAAAAGCAGCAUACAACAAACCUCACAAGGGAAGGCUGAAAAAAGAUUUGGGAUUAGAAAAAAGUGAAAUGAGCCUUCCCUGCUCUCU